CUGUUCAGAGCGCUCCACCAACAAUGCCAAGUGUCGCUGUUAAUCAUUGACCUUAGUUAAAUAUUGAUUUGCACAAUCUGCAGAUUUGCCAAUACGCAGCGGAUGCGACUAGCACCGCCUACGCGUAGCAUGAACUUUGCUAGCAUGUGCUGUCGAGGCUCCACAUGCAGCAUAUUAUACUCUAUUACUUUGAUUGAACCACAAAAAGGCCAAAGGCCUCUCGUCCCCUGAUGAACGAGGCCGGUUCUGCAGCCAAAAUUUCCUCCAUUAGCGCCAAUACUUCAUCCAUUUAACACCCUGAUAAAUGCUCGGAGGCAGACUGCAAAUGUCACAGCGAGGGUGGUCCGAACAAUAAAAUCUCUUUUUAGCUCAACAGAUUUAUUCAUUAGAAGCAUUUGAAGUGAAGCGCUAGUUACUGUGGCUUUCAAGGAGCCAAACAACGCAACCUACUGGUGCUUUUUUUGAAGGCCAGAUGGCAAGCUGUGAGACUGCAUGCUUCAAGAACCAUUCAAUCCAGCCGCACUUGGAAAUGACUUUUUAGUUUGCUUUCAAAGAAAUAAAACGGGCCACUAAUGGCAAAAGCAGCGGGGAGCCUGCGAGACAAUAUGCCAUUUUGUCAGAGUGUGAUGUGAAACACGGGGCGUCGACACACAGGCCCUUCUGCAUUGAACUCAGUGGGCAGCUACUACAUAAGCGUGGUGAAAACCACAACCCGAGUUUGGCUCCAUUCAUUCCCGCAGUCGAGGGAAGACGGAGAAACAGCCCUGCGGGGGUCGUAUACCUGACAUCAGUCCUCACAUUUAUUGGUCUGGUUGAAUAUUUUGUGUUUAAUUUCAUUGUUGCCUUAAGUCAGCUUUCCACUAAACUUCAAAUGGAAUUGAAAAAUAACCAACUCGAAGCGGGCAUACCUUAUUUGGAAUAGCCAUCUUUAGUUUCCUCAAAGUAACGUUAUAGGCUAGUCUCCUAUUUCUUGACAGUGAGCAUAAAAACAGAUGCUCAGGAGAAUAAUGGGUUUAAUUGUAUUUAAAGCGCUUGGGAGUCGUAAAACAUUCUUAAAAAUGUUUUUAUACAUCAAGGACGGGUGGCUCUGAAACAUAUACGGCAUGAUAAAUGUGGGGGAGGGAAGUUGUGCCCGGCGUACUUUCUCAAAAAACAUCUUAAGCGGAAUUUCUUAAAAUCCCAAAAGUCCUUUUGCGUUCCUGCCUCAUGCCAUAGUUCGACAUGUAUCUGUAGGUGUUGACAACACUUUGGUGACUGGUGGGCUUUGAGGACCAGCAGCUGUCUCAACAUUCAGAGGCUGCUCAAAAAGGCAAGAAGAAUAAAACACAAGUCAGGGAGGAGGGGGGCAAAGGUCACAGGAAAGUCAACAAGUGAGCCAAAUUGAAAGUGACAGUCAUCUGGGAAAAGACAACCAAACACACAGACAUAGCAAGCGCUGGCCUUAAAUGAUCUAUUUUUCUAGUUAGCUAGCAAGAAAUAUGCACUUCAACUGUUUAUGCCACAUUGUUUAUCUAACUUUGUCUACCAAAGCAAAUUUUCUUAAGCUAGCGCUUCACUUUGUCUUUGCUUGUUAGCACAAAUAAGUUUGGCUCGUUAGCGGUGUAGCCCCCCCCAUUUUUCUAUUAAGGCUAGUUAGCUCCAAGUAGCAACACCCUGUAGCUAAUUAAGUUAGUUAACUCCUCAAAAGCACUAAAAUUUGUUGUCAGCUAGUCUCUGUAAUGUACGUAAUGUGAUGUCAUUUAUAUGAAUCAAGUCUACUCCCCCUCCAGGAGGGAUUUGGAUCCUGGUUGCUGGUAGCAAUCGGCAGGCGAAGGGUUAACAGACGCCGUGAAACCUGAUGCUAAUUAAGCUCCAGGAAUGCCAUCAUCACAUCCAGACAGCUCAAAGGGGCUCUGGCUGGAGAGCUGGCUGGCUGGAUGGAUGGCGUGUGCGCGGGAUGUUAUAUUUCACACUUCACACUUUGAACAAAGAAGCUGGACAAGACGGUAAAGAGCGAAAACCAGGUCAGAGUUGAGUUUUGGCUCCUUUUGAAGCCAUAGUGCUGUUUUGUUGUUGUUGUUGCGGGGGAUACAAAGGUUCCCAGGGUUUCUUUUCAUUUGUCUCGCAAAGGAGAAAUUUGUCUUGGAGUAAAAAGGGACAGCUGGCGACAUAAAGACAACCAAUCAAACAUCACCGUCACAUAUAAAUAUUAUCAUACAUAUUUAUUCAUCCUCGUAAAUCCAUAUCACUAUUAUAGAAGGCAAGAUGUUGUUGACAUCAUCGGCGCUGUUGCUCCUGGUCCUUGCGUCUGUGCGCGCUGACUGGUGCAAGGGGGCUCACUGCGCGGGUUCUAGCACCGGAGACCCGCGACCGUGCACCGGCGACCACUGUCCCUCAGGCAGGUCGAACAGACAUUCCCGUCACGCCCCCUCCAUGGGAUCUCCCCGUCUGAGAAGCACCACCACAGAAGGCGUCCCUUUGUGCACCGACGGCGACUGCGCAAGGGUGCCCGAGACAAGAAACCAAACGCGGAACUGCAAAGGGUUAGAGUGCAGAUUCCCUUUGCGGAAAGGGCGCCCCAGGGACACCGGGGAGAGCUCCCCGCCGUCCCCUGGAGCCGAGCAGCUCCCUCUGGUUCGUCUGGCUGACCGGGCUGCGCAGUUCCUGGGGGACUUCCCCGAGUUUGGCUCCCCGUCUUCAGAACUUGGUGGUGCACCACUGGGGCUCCAGCUCACCUGUGAUGUCAAACCAGGAGAAAAUGAAGUCCCUUCAGAGGACGCCCUGAUCCUCCACCUCCAGCUGGCCAAGGGUCAGGAGAAGCUGGUGGAGGCUCUGCGGGCGCAGCAAGUGCUCAUCAGCGAGCUGCAACAGAAGCUGGCCGACCAGCAAGAGGCACUCCUGUCGCAGCAGCGCGACAUCUUGACACAACACCAUCGUAUGUACGAGCAGAUAGACACAGUCAAGGUCCAGUAUGGCCUCCUGGCGGACGUGCUCAAGCAGGCGUCCUUCCAGGGUCUGCAGGAGGAACUGCAGAGCUACUUCCAGAGCCACCUCUCGGGCCUCCAAAAUCAGGCCCGCAGCCAUCUGCACAAUGGCGUCCAUAAGAUGGACACGGACACGAAGGUGAUGGACGUAGUCGGCGAAGCUAAUUUGCCACAGCUGCUGAUGGGGGGGUGCCCCUCUGCCUGCCAGCCGGACCACUACUGCGACUUCCAGAGUGAUCCGCCACAGUGCCACAAGUGCACCAUGUGUCCACCGGGAUUUUUCCUCAUUUCACAGUGCUCACCCACCAUGGACACCAUGUGCCAGGAUCGAGAUGAAUGUUUUGAGCUAGCAAACAUCUGCGGGGAGCGUGUCAAGUGUCUGAACACUCCAGGAGGCUUCCGGUGUCUGGGUGUGUCUCAGAGAGAAGCAGAGACGGGCUUGUGCGGCCACGACUACUUUUACAACCAAGAGCUCCAGGAGUGUCAGGCCUGCUCUGACUGCGAAGGCGAUCCUGUGGCCGUCCCUUGCACGACACUCACCGACUCUGUCUGUGGCUCUGCCUCUGCGGCUCGUCUCUCCUCCUCCUGGAGCGCCAGUGUCACUGUCCCCUCUUGCGGGAACUCUGGAAGUCAGAUCUUCACUGGGCUUCAGCUGAGCCUGCGAGGCAAGGAGCGCAGUGAUCUUGUGUCCAGCAAUGGUGGCCUGAUGACAAUACUGCAGCACGGGCUGCUGUGGCUGGACCACAACUUUGCCAUGAAGCACAGCUGCAGGAACUUCCUUCAGCUGGGCUUGAGGUUCAACGCCAGCCAGGAAGAGGAAGGUCGGGAAGUCAGUGGGGUGCGUGUGGAGCAGCCUGAAGGCAAGUACUUGCAGGGUGUGAGCAUCAGCGCCGGGGUGGAGGUGGAGCCUAGCGACACCCUGAGUCUUCUUCUGAGGAGCCCCAACCAGCACUGCAACCGGAGCAAAGACCUCCACGUCUAUGACAUGUCGGCGCCUACGUUCAGCUUGCUCUGGUUGUCGCAUGACACGGGUGCCGUGGCCAUGACCGCCGAGAUGUCGCUGCUAGCGCACUAUCAGUCCAGCUACCGCCCGACAUUUCGUGUGCGCUCAUUGUCAGACCCUUACAUGAUAGGUUUGACGCACGACAAUCGCGGUGUGCGCUUCACGGAGAGCGGUGUGGUCAAGUUUGUCCUCCAGCAGGCGCUCUACGCCAUGGGACACACUUGCGUCCGCGAGGGCUUCUUCCUGCUCGCCUACACAAGCCGCAAUGGCACAGGUCAGGAGGUCAUGCGGGCCUUCAAGACAGGCGUGAACUACAGGGACACCUCCAUCACGCUGGCGGGCGCCGUGGCCGUGGGUGGCGGCGACACGCUCAGCUUUGAGAUCACGACACCGCCGCAGUGUAACGUCCGCUACUUUGGGGACGGCACCGGCAUCAGCAUGCUCAGCCUGGUCUGGAUCCCCUCAGCUGUCUCUUCCUCGUUGACAGCCACGGUGGCCAAGGUAGGCCUCCCUUUUGGCGCGGUCCGCAACAAGCCACUCACCUUCCAGCAGAUUUCUCCAGACUCACCGCAGAUUCGCCUGGCCGGCUCCGGCGAACCAAACAGCCGCAAGACCUUUGUAUUCCUGGAAGAUGGGACCGUUAACAUUGCCUUAAACCUGAGACUCAUCCACUCAUGUAACGUCUUGAAGGUGACCCUCCAACGGGCCGGUAGUCCGGGUCUAGGUGCGGGCAGGCUAGCUGGUCCCGUGGCUCAGCAGGUUUCGGGACACAUACUGGAGGGCAGCGAGUGGGCCAGCGUGGGCCUGAGGGCCUCCUUCCAGGUCCACAAUGGGACCAUCGUCUACAGCACCCUGGACUGCAUCCGCGGACGCAUCAACCAGAUCUCGCACGAGGGCGGCACCAACAUCUCCAUCCUUUGGGUUGCCGCGUGAGCCAGGGCAGAGAUACUUUCUUUUUGCACAAGGUUGACUUACUAGUAGGAUAAAGGUGAAUUGAUCCAGGCCCUAAUAUUCCACAAAUGUUCAAUGGAAGAAACUGGACUCAUCUUGGUUUUUGAAGACACUUCACUUUUAAUCAGAAACGCUUCUUCAGUUCUCUGUGAAUCUAUUCAUGUCUCCAAGGGAACUCUACACCUAAGAUUUGUUGACUCAGCUCCUUCCGCUUGAAUCAUUCACCUCCCAGCCAUCCCCAGUCACCACAGGUGAACCCCAAGGCUCUGUUCUGAGGCCCCUACUUUUUAUCACAUCUUUCUACUUGGCAUAAUCCUUCAUAAAUUUCUUUCUUGGCUGUCAGAUAACACCCAACUCUAUCAUUCCAGCAAACACAACUUAUCUCUGCCGUCCUUGUUUAGUCCAAACUGUCUCAAACUUAACCAGAUUCCUUCUAAUUGUGUCCAAAUUCCAUACUUGCCAAGUUGCGGGUAUUGUCAUGUUUUUACAAUGUCCUUUUUUUGUUUAGAAUUUACUGUGAAAGUGCUGCUUUGUUUAGUUUUCCCUGGCGUAUUUUGGCUAGUUGAGCAGUGUCCAAAUUCUCUCAUGGAGUGUUUGUGUUUUGCAAGGUAUGGAAUAUGACAGGUACUCCAUAUUUUUGCUCUGAUGUAUGUUUGUAUGAUUAUUAUUGCUUAAAUACAUGAGUAUAUACGUUUUUUGUCAACCAUCUUUUUAUUGUUUUUACGCAGGAUCCAAAACAUUGAUUUACAACAAGAGACAAAUAUGUAUUUUGUUCCUGUGGGCAUAUUGACAUUUUAUAUCUGUUGUUGAGCAACACAUUAAGGGAAUAUGCAAAUGAGCUUCAUCUACCUUAAGGAUGCCUUUGAGUGUAUUGUUUAGCAUCCCAUGUGUGUUUGAAAGGCCAAAAUAAAGAAGCGGUAUAUUUUUCGCACA